GUCGUGUUUUUUUGAUAAAUACUAUCACCUGUGAACUGCGUACUAGUUCGUAGUUUGAACAGAGCCGAAUAAGUGUUAUACAUAUGUGCUACAAGUGAGCGUUGAUGAUUGUGAAAUUUGUAUAAAUAUUCAUAAAAAGGUGUGGCAAAAAAAUACUAUACAAGCCACAAAAAGUUUUGUUUCUUUUUACUUCGGUUUUCACGAACGAUUUUCAAAGAUUACAAAGGAAUUAAACUACAGAAUUUUAAAACCGUCGGCCAAUAUGUUGAAGUUUAUUCGUGGGAAAACUCAGCAACCUUCAGUGGAACGGCAAAGAAUACAAAAUGAAUUGUUUGCAUAUACUAAGACUGUUCAACAUGGUUUCCCACACAAGCCGACUGCUUUGGCGUAUGAUCCUAAAAUGAAGUUAUUGGCCAUUGGAACUCAAUCUGGUGCUUUGAAGAUCUUCGGCCGACCCGGCGUCGAAUUUUAUGGACAACAUAUGUCUGAUAAUGGAUCCUCAACAGAUUGCUCAGUUCAACUAUUGGAAUGGGUCGCUGGUACGGGCCGUAUAUUAUCGCUAACUAUCGCCAAUCAAUUAAUUUUGUGGGAACCACACGGCACAAUACUUGAUCGCAUUCAGACGUUAUCAUUUGAAGGAAAAUUAAAAAAAGUGUCAACAUUAUGCUGCUCCUUAUCAAAGGAUGUAGUUUGGAUUGGCACCGAAGGAGGAAAUAUUUAUCAAUUCGAUUUAGGAUCAUUUACCAUUAAAGAACCUGUUAUUUAUCAUGAUGUUGUGUUAGAACAAGUUCCAGAUACUUACAGAUUGAAUCCAGGCGCAAUAGAAGCAAUAAAACAAUUACCGAAUGCCUGGAACAAUUUGCUUAUAGCUUACAAUAGAGGGCUUUGCGUCCUUUGGGAUUUAGAAAGUAGUUCGGUAUUAAAAACAUACAUAUCUCCGGGGCAUGGUCAGAGCAUUGGUUUAUUUCUGAAUCCCAGCGGCUUGGAGUUUACGUGGUAUCAUGCCGAUGGAUCAUAUGCCGUAUGGAAAGUAGCUGAAUCGAAUCCACCGGAAAACCAAGAUUAUGUACCAUACGGACCAGAUCCUUGUAAAAGUAUCAAUUGCCUGGUGAAGGGACUUAGAAAGGAUAAGGAAAUCGUAAUAUUUUCUGGAGGCAUGCCACGUUCCACAUAUGGUGACCAUCAUUGCGUUUCUGUACAUUGUGGGGGUUCGAAAAUUUGCCUUGAUUUUACAUCAAGGGUUAUCGACUUCAUUGUUAUAUUCAGUGAUCCGGAUCCCCAAGAGGUAGACGUUCUUCUCGUUCUGUUGGAAGAAGAAUUGUGCGCCUUCGAUUUAACUGAUUUAUCUCUACCUCCUGUUAAAAUGCCAUAUCUGCAUUCAAUUCAUGCUUCCGCAGUAACAUGCAAUUCACUUAUUUCUGGCGUUACAACUGAAGUUUAUGCUAAAAUUGUGAAAUCCGGUGAUGCGCAAAGCACAGGUUUUAGUAGAAAAGAAUGGCCCGUUACAGGUGGAUAUUUAGUCGGGCAACAAGAAGAGCCAAGUACAUACUUGAUCUUAAUGACUGGACACGAAGAUGGCUCAGUGAAAUUUUGGGAUUGUACUGGUGUCGUAAUGAAACCAAUAUUCCAUUUCAAAACAGCUAAUUUAUUUGGCCAUGACGAAAUAAUACCGCCAAAUGACAAUAUCGAUUCCACAGAUGAAUCUGAACCACCUUUCCGAAAAGCUGGGCAAUUUGAUCCUUAUUCUGAUGAUCCACGCUUGGCUAUAAAAAAAGUUGCACUAUGUCCUAAUAGCGGACAACUUGCUGUUGCUGGUACUGCAGGUCACAUAAUUCUCGCAAGUUUUGAACACUUUUUACAAGAAGGACCCCUAAAAGUCACAACGAUGAACCUAGUUAGUGAUCGCGAUGGUUUUAUUUGGAAAGGUCAUGAUGAAUUGAAAAUCCGACAAAAUUAUUUAGAAGAGAACGCUGGACCGGUAGAAGAAUCGGGAAUUCAAAUCAACGGCGUACUUCAGAUCUUGCCGCCAGCGACGGUAACAUGUUUAGCACUGCAGUCGGAUUGGAACCUUAUCGCUGCUGGGACCGCGCAUGGGUUAGUUCUUUAUGACUAUAGCAAUCAUCAACCUAUACUUUCACGUUGCACUCUAAAUCCCAACGACUUAACUGGAGCAGGUGAGCAAUUGUCGAGGCGAAAAUCAUUCAAAAAGACCCUGCGCGAGUCUUUCCGGCGCUUGAGAAAGGGACGUUCUACCCGUUCCGCUCGGAACGGUACACAAAAAAUUACCGAAGCACGCCCUGUUGAAAGGCAAGUAGAGGCGCGACCUAUAGAUGAUGCAAUGAGCUCCAUGGUGAGAUGUCUUGUUUUUGCGAAGACAUUUAUAACGAAUGUCCACACGGCUACGCCAACUUUAUGGGUUGCCACUAAUUCGAGUUGUGUGUCUAUUUUUAUUCUUCAUAUGCCUAAAAAUCAAAACAAUACCGAAUCUAGAGAAAUGAUUACCGCACAAUUAGCUAAAGAAAUUCAAAUGAAACAUCGUGCUCCGGUAGUAAGUAUUUUAAUAUUCGACCAAGCCGGGUCGCCCGUUGAGUCGCAGACAACGGCAUCAGGGCUGCAUCGUGUUCUUAUUGCUUCAGAAGAACAAUUUAAGGUGUUUUCUCUACCUCACCUGAAGCCAAUAACAAAGUACAAACUAACAGCACAUGAAGGCGCACGCGUUCGACGGGUAGCAUUUGCGGAGUUUUCUUGUCAUUUAUCACCAGAAAUGCAGCAACUUGGUCUAAGCAAAGUAGCCAACGCCAGCACGGAUAUGCAAUCUAAUGUAGAAAAUCAUAAGGAAGUUGGACUCUUAUGCUUAACUAAUCUUGGUGACUGCUUGGUCCUGUCGAUUCCAGAGUUAAAGAGACAAUUAAAUAUUGCAGCAGUGCGUCGGGAAGAUAUUAAUGGCAUAUCGUCGUUCUGCUUUACGAAUUCUGGAGAAGCUUUAUUCAUGAUAUCUUCCUCGGAGUUACAACGUAUCAGCUUAUCAAAAACAAACGUUACCACACCGACGGGAGUAGUUGAUUUAGAGCCACUUCCUGAAAGAAUCGUUGGGAAUAAUUCGUCUCUUCAUGAAAACGAUUCGGUAUCAUCUAAGCAAGAAGAGGGUGAUGUGCAUGAGGAUUUCAAAACACAACAGGAAAAAAAUAUUGAGAAUGUAACUAAUGGAGAUGCAUCACAUGGUAUGGCUAACGACACAAUUACUAGUUCAGUUGGGGACAUAACUGUGGAUUCUGUAAAAGACCACUUAAAUACAACUACCACCCUUUGCUCUACAACCACUGAAGAAACUGUUGGCCGGUUGUCAAUUCUGAAUACGCAGACUAACAACACAUUAAUAUCAGCGAAUAUGAAAGAUGUGUCCGACUUCAAUUCAACACACUUGUCAGAUUUGUCACCAGUAGGGAAAAAAACAGAAACCAAUUCCAGCUCAGUUGUCAUUCAAUCUGUCAUAACGACCAUUUCACAAGCACCAGGAUGUGAUACGAUAGCAAAGCCCGUAAAGCAUGAGAGUCAAUUGUAAAUCAUUUUCCAUAUAUAUACAUAUAUAGCAAAUAUCUUAAGUAUGUAAAAAAUGGGAAAGGCAAAGGACACUCCCAUAUGUUUUAAGAUUAUAUUGCGUUGUUUAAAAAAAUUUUUUACAUUUCUAAAAAAAUCAUUGUCGAAUAAAAGGCGUUAAUUUCGGAUGAA